UCUUCAAGUUAAGAGUGACAAAAAAGGGGGUGUUUGGGAUGUGAGGGAGGGUGUGCUCUUUUCUUCCCUUCUAAAGGCCGCCUCAGCAGUUUUCUUCCAGGCAAAAGGGGAAGGAAGGACACCAGCCAUCAUCUGGAGAACAGACGGGGAGACUUUAAAGUUUAAAUAGGCAGGUCUGAGUGCCUGAAAUAGGCACUUGAGUUUUAACCUCUGGAGAACUGAAAAGCUGAAGUCCUUCUCUGCUGAGCAGGAAGGUAGCAGGUAGAGAAGAUGGGUGACUGGAGUGCUCUUGGUAGGCUCCUUGACAAAGUCCAAGCCUAUUCUACUGCUGGAGGAAAGGUGUGGCUGUCUGUCCUUUUCAUUUUCCGAAUUUUGCUUCUGGGGACCGCAGUGGAAUCUGCCUGGGGAGAUGAGCAGUCAGCUUUCCGAUGCAACACUCAACAACCAGGUUGUGAAAAUGUCUGUUAUGACAAAUCAUUUCCGAUAUCUCAUGUGCGUUUCUGGGUGCUGCAGUUCAUUUUUGUUUCGGUGCCAACCCUUUUGUAUUUAGCACAUGUCUUCUAUGUGAUGCGAAAAGAAGAGAAGCUAAACAGGAAAGAGGAAGAGCUCAAGUUGGUUCAAAGUGAGGGGGUAAAUGUAGACCUCCCUCUAAAGCAGAUAGAAAUUAAGAAAUUCAAGUAUGGAAUUGAAGUACAUGGCAAGGUCAAAAUGCGUGGUGGACUGCUUCGUACUUACAUCAUCAGCAUCAUUUUCAAAUCUAUCUUUGAGGUGGCCUUUGUGAUGAUACAGUGGUACAUCUAUGGAUUCACUCUGCAAGCCAUCUACACUUGUGAACGGGUACCAUGCCCACACAAAGUGGAUUGCUUCCUCUCUCGUCCCACAGAAAAAACCAUCUUUAUUAUCUUCAUGCUGGUAGUAUCUAUCAUAUCUCUGACCCUCAACAUCAUUGAGAUUUUUUAUGUCACCCUCAAGAGCAUUAAAGAUCGCAUGAAGACCAAAGGCAAUCCUUUCUCACCUAACAGCGGCUUAAGUCCCUCCAAGGACUGUGGAUCUCCCAAAUAUGCUUACUUCAACGGGUGCUCCUCUCCAACGGCCCCCUUGUCUCCCAUGUCUCCACCAGGAUACAAGCUUGUAACUGGAGAUAGGAACAAUACAUCAUCCUGUCGUAACUACAAUAAACAAGCCAGUGAACAAAAUUGGGCAAACUAUAGCGCUGAACAGAACAGGAUUGGACAAGCCGGGAGCACCAUUUCCAACUCACACGCCCAGAACUUUGAAUUUAACGAUGAGCCGGAGAACACAAAAAAAGUGGCCUCUGGCCAUGAGCUCCAACCUCUCACAGUUGUAGAUCAGCGGCCACCAAGUCGAGCCAGCAGUCGAGCCAGCAGUCGACCACGACCUGAUGAUCUAGAGAUCUAGCCCUUUGAAAUUGCAGUCGUCAAUGCGACUAUGAAAUACAAAUUGUAUUAGCACGUGGUGUUCAUUUCGUUCCCACGGAGGUGGUACUUUAACAAUCUCAACCAGGAGAUUUUAACAAGCAAUAUAUAAUUAUAUAUAUAUAAAUAUAUAUAUAUAUAUAUAUAUUAAAAAAAUGUUGAUUUUUUUUUUCUGGUAACUGGGAAGCAGGGGUGAUGUGAGGGAGAACAGCACAUAGUGAUAUUUAAAGUAGCUGGUUUAAAAGAAAAUCUUAGUCAACACAACAGUAGGGGAGUUGGUCUUUUGUUUUUGUUUUAGAAAGAUGAUAUAAUGUCAGUAAAUGUAUGUCUAUAAUAUGUUGAUUUUUCUAAAAAAAAUUCAUUUUUGUUAUACUAAAAAAAAGUUACACUGAAAUAAAUUUGGGGGAGGAUGUUUAGGAUGAAAUUGAGAUUCCAUUCUUUUACUGAACAACUGGCAUCCUUAAGUCAGAUAUUGAUCAUUUUUCUAUUAAGAACAUUCCAUUGCUAAAAUGUGCACUUUGGGACAAUUUCCUUGGAUGAACUUGUCAGGCAGUUUAUCUGUUUCCUUGGAAUCAAUCAAUUACAUUUCAGACAAGGCCCACCCAACAUGCUUUGACCAUUUUCUUCCUGUUUCAGAUCUUCCAACCUACAUUAAGGAAUCCGUUCAAGGAUGUUUAAAUUUUAUUAACUUCCAUUCUACCACUACUGUAAGAUUCUACCGACUUGCAUAUAGGAUGCUAUUCAAAGUUUCAUUAUUUUAGCUAUGGUUGGGUGACCAUCCUGAAACAGUUUUGCAGAUGAUCAGAAAAAUUAUUAUUAUUAUUAUUAUUAUUUAUUUAUUGAAUUUGUAUACCGCCCUACUCCCGAAGGACUCAGGGCGGUGAACAGCCAAAAGAUAAAAUACAUAUAAUACAAAUGUUAAAAAACCAUUAAAAUACAAUUAAAUAAUUUGGCCCAGAAAACAAAAUUUAAAACACCCCAAAUUUAUAAGACAAAUUUAAAAUUUAAAAAAUUUAAAAACAGUUUAAAAGAGAGGUUAGGCCAGGCCGGCCUGCUGGAAUAGGAAUGUUUUGAGGGCACGGCGGAAAGCGCGCAGAUCUAGGAUCCUCCGUAUCUCCAGGGGGAGCUCGUUCCAGAUGGCGGGUGCCCCCACAGAGAAGGCUCUCCCCCUGGGGGCCUUCUGUUUGACCGACGGCACCCUAAGAAGCCCCUCUCUAUGGGAGCGUACUGGUCGGUGAGAGACUACUGGUGGCAGAAGGCGGUCUCGUAGAUAUCCUGGUCCUAGGCCAUGGAGCGCUCUAAAGGUGGUAACCAAAACUUUGAAGCGCACCCGGAAGACCACCGGGAGCCAAUGCAGUUCGCGCAGGAGGUUCAUGGGUUGUUUGUUUUAUUCUUGCUGUUUCCCCUCCUUUUUAAACCUUGGUUUUGCCAUGUUUCUCUGUGAAUGGAUUAGAUCAGGGGUGUCAAACUCAUGUCAUCACGGCGUGACAUAUCGGGACUUUUUCCCCCUUCGCUAAACUGGGUGUGGGCGUGGCCAGCACAUGACACAUCCGGCCCACAGGCCAAGAGUUUGACAGCUCUGGGUUAGAUGCUUGGGAGGGAUAUGAAACCAAAUUGGGAAUCAGCUAGAAACCACAAAUAGACAAUGCAUUCACAUGCAUAAUCAUUUGAAGCUGUGGUUGCAAUUAGCAAACCAACAAAUUAUGAUUCCCAACUGUAUUUUAUUGCCUCCUAUUAUAGCCUAUCCUACCACAAAUAGACUAAGCAACAAACUGCAAAAUGGCUCAGUGUCAUGUGUGAACCCUACCAUAACAUUCAUUAAUUACUAGCUAUAAAAUGUGAAGCUGGACAAAUGAAACAAUUUUGGCCUGAUGCAGUCAUCUAUUAGAUGCAAAUGUUUUCACAGUUAGGUUCCAUCAGAAGCAGGAGAUCGGACAACUCUGUGAUUGGAAUCACAGCCACUAUAACUCGAGUUAUUUGUGGUUGGUAUACGAUAACUGGAGUUAUUUGUGGUUGUUAAACAAUCACACUGAUACACCCAUAAAAUGGUUAACUAUUCUGGGUUAUCAUGGGUCACUAUCAUGUUUACAUUAAAAGAUUCCAGCAGUGCAAACAAAUCAGGUAUUCUUUUAAAGAAUUUCAACAUUUCUAUAUAUUUUGUAGUAAGUAUAUUUCACGAAUUAAGGAUAAUUUAAGAAGCAAGUCCUGGUGGCUGUUGAAAAACUGCCAUUUGCAUUCCAGCUAGACCUUUUGCCACAAUAAAACUUGUCAGUAAAACAUCCAAAGUCGCAUAUUUUUGCAAUCAAUUAUCUUUCCUUAAAAUUAAGGAAGAAUUCUGCUUGUUUCUCCAUCUUUUUAUAAUUUAUGCUUGAAUAACAAUGAUGGUAGUACUGGGAGAAGGGAAGAUUGUUAGCCUGCCAAUAAUGUGAGAGACUUGAGGAUAAAUUACACAUCCAUAUUGUGCAGUAACUGCAGGUAUCAUGCGAUAGCUUGAGAGGUGGAGAAAUUAUCUGCACUGCAACCUCAUUGGAUGGUGUGAAUAGAUCCUUACAUAAACUGUUUUGAGCUGUACUAAUAAUCCCUAUGCUGAUUUUAAGAUAUCAAGAAUGUUACACUUACUGUUCACUUAUAAAUUAGCUCAAUAAUAACAUGGUUCAAUUCACUUUUGAUAGUCCAUUUUUGCUUAAUGACAGUUUUAAUAUUUGCACACAUUUUUGUUGGGGUGUAAGUGAGGCUGAAAGUGUACAAUUCUAAUUUAUUUGAAAUAUAUACUAAGGAAAUAUACCAGUGUUUAUUUUCCAUUUUCAACCACAGUGCCUUUUAAUUCAACACAGUUCAUGCAGCCUCGGUUUCAUUUUGCAGCAACGCAGAUUUAAAUGUUUAUCUAAUAUGUUUUACUAAGUUGUUUGACAUUCACUUUUAAAACUAUUGUCAAGCUUAUUGAUUGCAUGCAUACCGCCAUAGUUCAUCAAAUCACACUGUCUGGAGAACAAACCUUAGUCAAUAAAGUUUAAUUUAGUAUAAA